AUGUCCAAUGGCGACCGGAGUUCCAAGAAAGCCCAUCCCACCUUUCAUUUCUUCGCAGGCUUGACUUCCGGGGUCUCCAGUGCUGUCCUGCUCCAACCCGCCGACCUCCUGAAGACACGAGUCCAACAGAGCCGCUCCUCCUCCCUCCUCCCCGUCCUGCGCUCCAUCCUCUCCAGUCCCCAUCCAAUCGCCGGUCUAUGGCGUGGAACGCUACCCUCCGCCUUGCGAACCGGCUUCGGCUCGGCUCUCUACUUCACCUCCCUCAGCUCCCUGCGUCAGGUAUUGGCAAAUAAUUCUGUGAACAAGAACGCCAGUAGUGGAGUCCUUACGCCCUCCGCUAAGAGCAGUUCUGUCCUACCGAAACUCUCCAAUGUGCAAAAUCUCUUCACAGGAGCUACAGCUCGAGUAUUUGCAGGAUUUGUCCUGAUGCCCGUGACGGUGAUCAAGGUCCGGUACGAAUCCGACUUCUACGCCUACAAAUCCAUCAAUUCCGCAGCAAGGUCUAUAUUUGCACAGGAAGGUCUAAGGGGGUUUUUCUCCGGCUUUGGAGCCACUGCUGUACGCGACGCGCCUUAUGCUGGACUGUACGUACUGUUCUAUGAAGCCAGCAAAAGCCGCCUCAACAGGCUUCUGUCUACAGAGGCGGAGCUGGAACCUCGGUCUUCCGGGUCAAGUGCCACCAUCAACGCCUCCAGUGGUGUCCUUGCUGCGGGCCUGGCUACAGGUGUAACAAAUCCAUUCGACGCAGUCAAGACCCGUCUGCAGCUGAUGCCCCAGAAGUACGGGAACAUGCUCAAGGCCACCAAGCUGAUGAUCAAGGAGGAUGGUUUCAAGAGUUUUUUCGAUGGUUUGGGCCUGCGCAUGGGGAGGAAAGCACUGAGCUCAGCUCUGGCAUGGACCGUGUACGAGGAAUUGAUUGGACGAGCUGAACGAUUCGUCGCCCGCCCUGAGCAGGAUAGAGCUGUCGUGUGA